AUCCACAGGCCAGCACCGCCAUCGUCGGCCGGAAGGGUCUACCAUGGCUGUAUCUACGAAAUGGACGCGCAGAAGCCGCCAUGGUCGUCCAUCCGUACCCUCCUUUGCGCUUUUUUUCUUCACUGCGGCAUCUCUCCUCUUGCGCUCCGCCUCCUUCGCCCUUGGCACUUUUUCGAUGCGCCCCAUGAUGUCCAGUGUGCGCGACGCUCUAGCCUCUCCUCAAAAAGCCUUUCAAAAGCAAGCGCUUGUUCAGUCUUUGUUGGGUCCCGUGCCUCCUUCGGACCGGGAUUUUCUCAUAAAUGGCUGGCGAUGGCACUCACGAAGUGUCUUGAGGGACGUACGGCGUUUCCAGGAGGUAGCGACGCGGGAGAGGCAGGAGGUACUCAGGGGCGUGGAGGGAUCCAGCCGCCUGCCCGCCUGCUACGACUUCUUUUGGAGCUUCUCCUGGGUGGCCCUCCUGAAAAUCGAGAACCAGAUUUUUUACCCCUUCCUCCGCAAAACCCUCCCCUCGGACCUCCGGCCCCUCUUGCAAGAUCUGGAGCGCCAAGGAGAGGAGGUGGGAGGGAGGGUCCUGUCCUGGUUUUCGUUCCUCGCCGAUCUUUCUUCGCACCAUUGGCGUCUUCGCCUCCUUUUCCUUGUUCCCACGGAACCGUUUGCGUGCCGUGGUCUCCGCCCUGGGCCUGGCGCACGGCUGGGUGGAAGGGCACCGGCAUCUCCUGUGAUCCUCCUUCAAGUUUGGUUCGCCGCCCCACCUCAUUCACUCGACUGCCCUUUUCUCCUUCCUGUCCUCCUAUAUUUCCUUUCCUCCCCCGUCACAAACCUCCAGGUCACCACGUUGGGCCAACGCCUUGGCCAGGUUGUGGGCAAGUUCCGUGACCCGUCUUCCCCUCCCUCUGCCCCCCCUUCCCCCCCUUCCUCCUCCUCCCUCCCUUCCUCCUCACGCCUGGCCCGCCUGGACGAGGCCCUGAGCCUCGCGGGGAAGAUGGAGGUCAAGGUGAAAGAUAUGAUCGACACGCAGGACAGCAUGCUCGUGCCGGUGGUUGCCGCGUAUUUGUCUCAAAAAGAGCAGAAAAAAUUCAAUAACAAAGCCGCGUCCACCUGGUGA